GGAUUUUUUCCGACUAAAGAAAGAGGAAUGAAGUCUGGCGCUGGAGGAGGGACCCUCGCCGUCUUCUGCGGGUUGCUGCUCGCCUUCGCCGCGCUCUGCCUGUGUCCGACAAAUGGGGAAAUUUGUGGGCCAAACGUUGACAUUCGCAAUGAUAUCCAUGAGCUGAAACGCCUGGAGAACUGUACGGUCGUUGAGGGUUUCCUUCAGAUCCUGCUCAUCUCUAAAGCAGAGGAUUACCGCAACUUCCGCUUCCCGAAGCUGACCGUCAUAACUGACUACUUGCUGCUGUUCCGUGUGGCGGGCUUGGAAAGCCUCAGCGAUCUCUUCCCCAACCUCACGGUCAUUCGCGGGAGGAACCUCUUCUACAACUAUGCCUUGGUGAUCUUCGAAAUGACAAAUCUGAAGGAGAUCGGGCUUCACAACUUGAGGAACAUAACCCGCGGGGCCAUACGGAUUGAGAAGAACUCUGACCUGUGUUACCUCUCCACAGUGGACUGGUCUCUCAUCCUAGAUGCGGUCUCUAAUAACUACAUUGUUGGAAAUAAGCCUCCGAAGGAGUGCGGGGACUUGUGUCCAGGAACGAUGGAGGAGAAGCCGUUGUGCGAGAAGACCUCCAUUAACAACGAGUACAACUACCGCUGCUGGACCACCAACCACUGCCAGAAAAUGUGCCCCAGCUCAUGUGGCAAGAGAGCCUGCACAGACCAGAAUGAGUGUUGCCAUCCUGAGUGCCUGGGGAGCUGCACAGCACCCGACAACAACACUGCUUGCGUGGCCUGCCGGAAUUACUACUACGAAGGCGUCUGCAUGCCCACCUGCCCUCCCAACACGUACAAGUUUGAGGGCUGGCGCUGUGUGACCAAGGAGUUCUGCUCCAAAGUCCCUGCCACUGAAACAAGUGACUACGAGAGGUUUGUGAUUCACAACGAUGAGUGCAUGGCAGAGUGCCCCUCUGGAUUCAUACGCAAUGGGAGCCAAAGUAUGUUCUGCAGUCCUUGUGAGGGGCCUUGCCCCAAAAUUUGUGAGGAUGGGAAAACGAAGACCAUCGACUCUGUCACGUCAGCACAAAUGUUGCAGGGAUGCACAAUUCUCAAGGGAAAUUUGCUGAUCAACAUCCGUCGUGGAAAUAACAUCGCUUCAGAACUGGAGAAUUUCAUGGGUCUGAUUGAGACCGUGACGGGAUAUGUGAAGAUUCGCCAUUCCCAUGCAUUAGUUUCCCUGUCUUUCUUGAAGAACCUGCGGUAUAUUUUGGGAGAGGAGCAGGUGGAUGGGAAUUAUUCUUUUUAUGUGCUUGAUAACCACAAUCUGCAGCAACUGUGGGACUGGAACCAUCAUAACUUGACGAUCAAGGAGGGGAAAAUGUACUUUGCAUUUAAUCCUAAACUGUGUGUUUCUGAGAUCUACCGUAUGGAGGAAGUUUCAGGAACAAAAGGGCGACAGAGCAAAGGAGAUAUAAAUCCAAGGAACAAUGGGGAGAGAGCCUCUUGUGAAAGCCACAUUCUGCGUUUUGUUUCCAACACAACACUGAAGAAUCGGAUUAAACUGACGUGGGAGCGGUAUCGCCCUCCAGAUUACAGAGAUCUCAUUAGCUUCACUGUUUACUACAAAGAAGCGCCGUUCAAAAAUGUGACAGAGUAUGAUGGACAAGAUGCGUGCGGCUCCAAUAGCUGGAAUAUGGUUGAUGUUGACUUGCCACCAAACAAGGAGAAUGACCCUGGAAUCUUACUGCAGGGAUUGAAACCUUGGACUCAGUAUGCCAUUUAUGUCAAGGCUGUUACCCUCACAAUGAUGGAGAACCAUCACAUUCAUGGAGCAAAAAGUGAAAUUGUGUAUAUACGAACCAAUGCUGCAGUACCAUCCAUUCCCUUAGAUGUUAUUUCAGCAUCCAACUCCUCUUCCCAAUUGAUUGUGAAAUGGAAUCCUCCCUCUCUUCCCAAUGGCAACCUCUCAUACUAUAUUGUACGAUGGCAGCAGCAACCUCAGGACAGUUACCUUUACAGACACAAUUACUGCUCCAAAGAUAAAGUCCCAAUUCGAAGAUAUGCUGAUGGUACCAUUGAUACAGAAGAAGCUACUGAACCCACCAAGCCAGAGGGCUGUGGGGGAGAAAAAGGACCUUGUUGUGCUUGUCCCAAGACAGAGGCAGAAAAACAAGCUGAGAAGGAGGAAGCGGAGUACCGGAAAGUCUUUGAGAACUUCCUUCACAACUCCAUCUUUGUCCCCAGACCUGAUCGGAAGCGGAGGGAUGUGUUCCGAAUUGCAAAUGCCACUUUGGCCACUCGAAACAGGAACAUAACUGGGGCAGAUCACUUCACCAAUGCUUCUGACGCAGAGGAGAGUGAGGUGGAAUACCCGUUCUUUGAGACCAAAGUGGAUGGCAAGGAGAGAACUGUGAUCUCCCAUCUCCAGCCUUUUACUCUUUACCGCAUUGAUAUUCACAGCUGCAACCAUGAAGCUGACACGCUUGGUUGCAGCGCUUCCAACUUUGUCUUUGCAAGAACCAUGCCUUCAGAGGGAGCAGAUAACAUUCCAGGAACAGUAGCAUGGGAAGCAAAAGAAGAAAAUACUGUCUACCUGAAGUGGUUAGAGCCUACAAAUCCAAAUGGGCUGAUACUGAUGUAUGAAAUCAAGUAUGGGCAGCAUGGGGAGGAGAAACGAGAAUGUGUUUCGAGACAGGAGUACAAGAAGCUUGGAGGGGCAAAGCUGACUCAUCUGAACCCCGGAAACUAUUCUGCUAGAGUUCAGGCCACGUCAUUGGCUGGAAAUGGAUCUUGGACUGAGCCAGUCUCUUUCUAUGUACAACCCAAAUCAGCAAACUAUGACAACUUCCUCCAUUUGAUAAUUGUGCUCCCCAUUGCUUUCCUGCUCAUCAUUGGGGGUUUGCUGAUAAUGCUGUAUGUCUUUAACAAGAAGAGGAACAGUGACAGACUGGGCAAUGGAGUACUUUAUGCAUCUGUGAACCCUGAGUACUUCAGUGCUUCGGAUGUGUACGUUCCAGACGAAUGGGAGGUGCCCCGCGAGAAGAUCACCAUGUGCCGUGAGCUUGGGCAGGGCUCUUUUGGGAUGGUGUAUGAGGGAAUAGCCAAGGGAGUGGUGAAGGAUGAGCCGGAGACCCGGGUGGCCAUCAAAACGGUCAAUGAGUCUGCAAGCAUGCGUGAGAGGAUAGAGUUCUUAAAUGAGGCCUCGGUGAUGAAGGAGUUCAAUUGUCACCACGUGGUUCGCCUGCUAGGUGUUGUUUCUCAGGGCCAGCCUACCCUAGUUAUCAUGGAGCUGAUGACACGUGGGGACCUCAAAAGUUACCUGAGAUCAUUGAGGCCAGACACAGAGAGUAAUCCUGGCCAAGCACCUCCAACUCUGAAGAAGAUGAUUCAAAUGGCAGGAGAGAUUGCUGAUGGGAUGGCAUACCUCAACGCCAACAAAUUUGUUCACAGAGAUCUUGCUGCGAGGAACUGCAUGGUGGCAGAAGAUUUCACGGUGAAAAUCGGAGAUUUUGGCAUGACAAGAGAUAUCUACGAGACAGAUUAUUACCGGAAAGGAGGGAAAGGUUUGCUGCCCGUCCGCUGGAUGUCCCCGGAAUCACUGAAGGAUGGAGUCUUCACAACACACUCCGAUGUCUGGUCUUUUGGUGUUGUACUUUGGGAGAUCGCAACAUUAGCAGAGCAGCCGUACCAAGGCAUGACCAAUGAGCAAGUGCUCCGCUUUGUGAUGGAAGGAGGUCUGCUGGAAAAACCAGACAAUUGCCCUGAUAUGCUGUUUGAACUGAUGCGCAUGUGCUGGCAGUACAACCCGAAGAUGAGGCCGUCCUUCCUGGAAAUCAUCAGCAGCAUUAAGGACGAGCUGGAUCCGGCGUUCAAAGAGGUCUCCUUCUUCUACAGCGAAGAGAACAAGCCUCCGGACACAGAGGAGCUUGACCUGGAGACUGAGAACAUGGAGAGCAUUCCUUUAGAUCCCUCCUCUACCCUCCAACCCACUGACAAGCACUCAGGACACAAAGCCGAGAACGGCCCGGGCGUGGUGGUCCUUCGGGCCAGCUUCGAGGAGAGACAGCCGUACGCACACAUGAACGGGGGACGCAAGAACGAGAGGGCCUUACCGCUGCCCCAGUCUUCGGCCUGCUGAUCCUUGGACCCAGAACCUGACAGAAACAUACGCAGAAAAACGCGUGUAUUGGGGGAAGAAAGAAAGAAAGUUACAAUAUGUUCAAAAGCCCUACUGUACCUCAGUGGAUCUUCAGAACUGCCAUAGCUGCACUUGGGAGAACCCUUUUUUUCAGUAAACAAGUUAUCGUUUUUUUUCUUUUUUCAAUAUGCAAGCAGAUGUUUGUUUCGGUAAAGGACUCCAUUCAUGGGGCACACAGUUGGCCUUUUAAAACUCUGAUGUUAACACUUAAUAGCAACAGAAAACUUGAGAUUUGAUGUCUCUCUCUCUCUCUCUCUCUCUCUCUCUCUCCUCUCUCUAUCUUUCUUUCUGUCUGUCUUUGCUUCAUAAUGGGAAACAUAUCUGCGUGCAAGUUCAACCGUACGGCACUUUUAUCAGAUCAAAGAUAUCGCAGGCCAGGUGGCUCCCUGCUCCCCUGCAAGCACCUGCCUAACACUGUAGGUCUUUAUUUAAAAAAAAAAAGAGAAAAAAGAAAAAAAAAAAGAAAAAAACACAAAACAAAACAAAAAAAAACACAAAAAAUCCACAAAAAAAAAAGAAAAAACAAAAAAAAAAUUAAAAGACUGGAUUUUUAAUGUUGCUCUUUAAACUUUUUAGAAACGUGUAAAAGAAUAAAAAAGGGCCAUCAUUCGUCCAAGGUUGUUACCAUUUUCAACGCUGCCAAAUUUUGCCAAAAAAAAAAAAAAACCUUUCUUUUUUUUUGUUUUUUUUUUUUUCGUUUGUUUUUUUUGUAGGCAUGGAAGGAGCACAGUAAUCAACUGCUCUGUUUAAGAGAGAUCCUGACCAAUACAUUCUAUUCAAUCAUACACUGGUAUUUAAAAAAAAAACAAAUCAAAUUGUUUAGGUUCUUUUUUUCGAAACUGGAUAAAAUGUGAUGAUUUUUUUUUUCUUGUGAUGGAGAAGAUAAAAGGGAUGGAGUACAGAGACAGCCCUCCCUCCACCCCGUGCCCAUCCCGAUGAAUUCUGGACAAAACUGGCAGUGGUGAGCUAAACCAACACACGCAUUUGGUACAAAAAAGUCAACCGCACGCCAAAAAUGAAAUGUGAGCACCAUGACAAAAGCAGCAGAGAUCUCCAUCGUUGCAGCCUGCCUCCUGCCACAGGCUUGCAGGGAAAAAGCACCAGUAAAACAAAAAUUGGAGAAGACAAAAAAAGCAGUAACCGGAUUCAAGUAUAUAAUGCUUUGUUGACCUUUUCUCUUUAUUAUUAAGACUUCUCGAAGGGUCUUGCAGUUCUAUGUUAGACCAUGGAUCAUUUGCAUACACAUUGUCUUUUGUGUCACUUUUAUAACUUUUUUACGGUUCAGAUACUCAUCUAUAUGUCUGUACAGAAAAAAGCUGCUAUUUUUUUUGUUCUUUAUCUUUGUGGAUUUAAUCUAUGAAAACCUUCAGGUCUGCCCUCCUUCCCUUCCCUUCCCUCCCACUUCAACAAAUUUUCUUAUGCUUUGUACUAUAGUGUGUAACUCUUACUUCUUCCUUCCCAGCAACUGAUACCUUUCAUAUGAUUUGCCAUGAACUGUUUAAUGCCUUUUUAUAAAUGCAUUUUCUCCUCUUUUUUUUUUUUUUUUCCCCAUUAGUUGUUUUACAACAUCUUGGCUGUGUGGGUCACAGGGCUUUUGAGGAGGACAUGGAGAAAGAAGGGACGCCCCACACCGAACGCUCCAGCAGCGGUGUGGUGUUUUUCAGACCCAGUUUUCCUUCCUUCCCACGAACCUCUGCCCAGACAGCAUGCGAGUCUGUUACAGUGCAAGGCAUGAUACAAACUCAGGUCAGAAAAAAAGGUUAAAUAUUUAGUACAUUCUUGUUCAGUGUUUAUAUUCAUUGUUGUACAAGGGUCCUGCCCCUCCUUCCCUCCCUGCUUGUUUUGGUUGUGGCACACACCCACCCGCCCAUCCCCACACACGCUCCCACACAGACACACACGUACACACGCACUCUUUUUGUUUGUUGGGUACAACAGCAGACACCAGGCUUUUGGGUCACUGAUUUUGAAAACGACUAUUUGAACUCUUCCACCCCUUGAAGAAGAGCUGUAUGAAUUGCGGCUGGCGGUGCCGGGCACUUUUUGGGUGGCCGUUGAACGCCUGGCUCCAGCCCCAGCUCUUUGCCUUCACAAUGAGGAAGCACUCCUGGAGGACGCGAUGGGCUGCGUUUUGCACGCCAGGGUAAACAGAAUUUAAAACCCCCAAAACAACAGCAUGCCAUUUCCAUGGGGUAGGGUGGAAAGCAUGUAGCUGGAGCCAGCGGCUCGGCUAGCAAACAGUUAAGUGUUGGCAGCUAUGGAAACCUCUACAAGUCCAAGCCUGUUGCUUAAGUCAUAGACCAAACCUCAGAACAAAAGAAAAUGAGUGAGCUUGUUUGUUCAGUUGCAGAAGCCUUGGUGAAAAGGGAAGGAGGGGGCCAUCAUAAAGCCUACAACCAAGGAGUCAUAGCAGUUGCUCAUCUUAGUUACAGCAUCUAAGCCUUUGUUUAGCACUGAUCCAACCAAUGGCAGUGAAGAGGUGGUUCUGGGAUGGAAAUGUUUAAAACCUUUGAGUAAGAACAAAGAAUUAAAAUAUACUGAUUGCUAGUUUUGACUGGAGAUUUUUAAAAGUUUGUAGUGCUUUUUGCUUGUGUAGUUUAGGUCCCAUUAUCUUCUCUUGCCUCUGUCCCAUAGUUAUUUUUCCCUUUUAAAAAUGAAAAAGACAAAAAAGUUAAUUAAGAAGGUAUUCUAUGUAGGAUUUUUUAUUUAUUUUUGUGAUAUCAGUUUAAAUCACUGUAGAGAUGCCCCAUAAAAAAUCUAAAUACUGAGAUAAGGGUUUUUGAGUAUGACAGGGGGACAGUUUUUGAUUUUUUUCAAACAUUUAUCUACCUCACUCUUAUUUUUUUAUAUGUGUGUAUAUAAAAAAAAAUACAUCUCACAUUUCUCAGCAGCCAAUAAAUGCCGUCGAUACUGGUAACCUCUCACUCCAUAAACCACAUGCUCUAGGUUCUGGAGGGGAACAGUCACUGCUCAUCACAAAGGGUCACUUCAGAAUAUUUGCCUCAAUUCCAAGGAGUUUUGCCUUUUCAGUUCCAAUUCGUUAUUGUGAGGAAAAUCCGAGAGUUGCCUGACUUAAGGUGACCGUUCAUUAAGGAAACGCGAAGGCUCUCGAAUGGGCCGUCGUGGCAGUGCUCAGGUCGGCAGCAGUGCUGCUGUGCGUUUAGGUGGGUGGAGAUCUGAGCUGAUACGAGGACUUUCAGUCACGAGUAUCGAUCAAAUUUGCUACAGAAAUGAAUUGUUUACAGUGUUUGGAAGGUCCAGAAGAAUUGCUAAAAUAAGAAGAGUGGUCUGUUUGGCCUAAGUCAUUCCUGGCAAAUUUUCCUCAGAUGCCGCAAGCACCAAAAAGACACUUUGCUGAAUCAGCACCCAUUCGGCUCACGUAGCACAGCGUGGCUUUCUUGUUUUUGACCAAAACAAUGACAAACCUGCUGCGGGCUGCCUGAUGAUAAUACCACGUCGAGUUUACAGCUUUGGAUCUUUGCUGCUUCUGUUUAAUGAGAGCACUGAUUUUUUUAUUUUAUUUUAUUUUCUCGUUUUGUUUUUGUUUUCGGAACUAACACAGAAUUGAUCUUUUUGAUGUGCCAGUAAAAAGUCAGUUCCCUUUUCAUCCCCCGUUUAUACGCUUCAUAACUGUGGAUUCUGAUGGACCAGCCAUCAAAUUUUAACUGCCCUCUGACAGUGUGUAACUGGUUUACAAGCACACAGGACUAACACAGGCUUGCCAUCAACAUGAUGUAUAAUGUUUCUCUUUUUCCAGCUCAGGCAGCUGUUCGUGCAGGUGUUGGUUGUGGUAUCUGAAUAAUGCGGUGCUUGGCUACUUCGAGUUGUGUGCGGCCUCUUGAAUAUACAGUGCUGUGGUUAAGUACUACGGGGCUUGUCUUUGGAGGGAUCAUUUCUCUCAAACCCCGAAAAAGCAACAAAUUUAAAGUUGUUACUGUGUCGUUUUUGUCGUUCCAUUUCUUUGAAGGCUCCGGUGACCUUUUGGUGCAGUGGCUGUUCCCCUCACUUGCACAUAUUGAUUACCACAACUGGAGAUCCUCAGAUCUUUCAGCUGGCUAGGAGGGUUUUGUUAAAACUGUCCAAGUUAUUGGUUUUAUAUAAUUUGAUGUAGAUGGUUUAAAAAUGCGUUAGGAAGAAACACUAAUGACGUAGCACCCAUCGUGAUAGACGUUUCAAAAAGCACUUCAGUAGAAAACAGUCACGGGACUAAAAGUACGCAUGUGUGAUGACAGUCAGCUCUCCUGGACCAAACCACCUUCAUGAUACCAUUGUGUUCUGUGUUUGCAAUUCAGGCUUAAUUACUUUUUUGUUGUGUUUGUUUCCAUAGCAUUUUUUUUUUGUUGUGUUUUGUGCAUUUUGAAUAGCUUUAUUCACAUGGGCUUUUCAUACAGCCUUCCCUUGGACAGUAAAUCAAGUUGUUUAUGCAUGUGAACAACUGAGAAUUAAUGUUGGCUUGAUAGAGUCAUAAUAUGGUGUGUAAUGUUGUUCUUUCCUGAGACCACUGGCUUGUCUGGUAUGGUAAAUUUAUUGAGAACUUCAGCUGUGUUUGGAUAAAGUUUUGUAAAUUAAAAGCCCACCCAGCCCCCCAAACCAGCAUUUUGACAGACAUUACCAAGCUGUUUUGAUGCAGUCGAAUAACAAACGGGCAUCACUGUAGGGGCAGGCUUUGAUUUCAGCACUCGGGCCAUUGUUCUCACCUGACUCACAUUUAAAAGCUUCUCAGUGGCACAGAAGGUGGUUUGGUUGCAGAGGAAGGUGGCUCCUGUGUAAACACAGAAGUGUCAGCUGCUUGGUACUAAGAAGCGCUCCUGAGGGAGCGAUGAGUUGGACACAGAAGCCAAGUGUGAUUGGAAGUUCGAGGCCAGCCUGUGUUCACCAGGUCUUUCUCAGCACGAUGCCUCUAUUCUUUAAAGCUGGUUCUAAGUGAUGUAUGAUUCUAGAGAUGUUCGCACUGAUGCUCCUGUUGGUCUUUAAAAACAAGUGAAGCCCAGUUUGCCCAGGACCGACUGGUCACCAGACGGAACCGCUGUCAGGUCCUCCGGGAACUGCCGAGGGUUGUUCCAUACAAUCUGAGUCUAAGUGAACAACACUCCUGUUGUUGGUGUAACUCCAUAAAUAUAUAUCUAUAUAGACAUAGAUAUCCGCAUAUGUAUAUCUAUAAUAUAGAUAUAUAUGUAUUUAAACCCUAUUCAUUCCACUAGUACAAGUAACACUUGUUUCCUGUUGUUCUUAUUUUGUUUGUCAACAGUGUAUUUAAUCACUGGGCUAAACAACAGUGGAGGAAGGUGCAAGGGGUCCACUCCUUACUAACCAGUGAUAAAAGCCAGAUAUUGCAACUUAACCCAUGAGUAGUUGUGCAGACAAGAAUUUAAGAAUGGUGUGUAGAAAAAAACAGUAGUGGCCAGAGGUGCUGAAGAUACAGAACUGUAAAUAGGCAGGAGGGCUUCAAAGGUUGCCUCAGUUCACAAAAGUGGUUGCUCAGAGGCAAUGAGCAGUCUCUGUUACGGAGCGCAGCCAGGGAAAUCAGAACUGAGAAAUGUUGAUGUGGAGACAUCUGAAAACAAAGGAUAUGGAAAUGGAUGUUUACGAAGACACAGGGCUUGGCAGAAGUUUGAAGUUGUUUCCUGAGCUUGGUGCGUGUGGGACAGCAGCAGAGCUCAGGUAUCACCAUUCUGAUCAUUGGUACUUGUAAAUAAACCCGACUUUCCAGCUGAAGUGAUAAAUUCGUAACAGGAGUUUAAUGGUUGUUGCAUCGGUCUGUAUGAGUCAGUCUCAACCCACAGUUGGUCUGUUUUGCAAGUACUAGAUUAUCACUAGGCUGUGUGCGUGCGUAUGUGUGCAUGUCCAUCUUCUUUUGUACGCGUUACGUUGAUUAGUAAUCCAUUAGCAUUUUCAAUAGGGCUUUAAGUCCAGUAGAUUACGGGUAGUCAGUUGACGAAGAUCUGGUUUACAAGAACUAAUUAAAUGUUUCAUUGCAUUUUGUAAGUGCAUAGAAUAAUUUUAUAAAAUGUUUGUAGUUUAUUAAUGCCUAAAAUAUAAUUUAAGGGCACUUUUUCUGUCUGUGUGUGCGUGUGUCUGUAUGAGAUCAGUUUUCUUUGAUGGUACCAGUUUACUAGCUAGCUUUACAAUAUGCCAAAAAGGAUCGCUAACUUGUCCAAUUCAAGGCUCAUCCCUCUCCCACUACCUGCCCAAGCUUUGUGUCCCAGUAUAUAGCGAAUGAAUAAAGAAGUUGGGGAAAUGUUCUGUAUCUUCAGUAUCCUGGUCUUCCAGAGCCCUCUGGUUGGGGUGGGAUCAUCUUAACUGGUCAUUUCACUUUACUGUCUAGUGCAGUUAACUUAAUGGAUUACAAGAACCUCACUGGUUGGGAAAACAGAAUGGGUUUUGCUGCUACACAGUCUCACUUGUGCUGUUCAGUACCUGUUUUAUGGGUGCCAGGUGGUUUGAAGGAAAUGACUGCAUAAGAGAAAGCGGGAAGGCAGUUUUUGUAAUUACUAUUGAAGAACUAUUUGCGUAUUUCUUAUCACUUUAAAAGUUUGUAUGCAGCCUCUAAAGAUGCUGAGUACCAUUUGAAGCUUUGUUGAAAGAAGCAAAGCAGGGUCCCUAUUUAUUUUUAUUUAAGAAUACUGAAGAUCCCUGUUUCCCCAUGAUGUUUGACUAACUGCGUUUCUGAAGUGUUACGAUGAUUUAGAUGCUAUUUAAAGAUCAGCUCUUCUGUUUUCUAAACCAGUGAGGUUUGAGAUGAAAGGAUUGGCCAGAGUUUGUCUACCUCUGGGACAAAAACAAAACUAGAAAGUGCUAAGGAAUGGAUGCAGUUGCAAAUACGACAUUUUCCGAGUUUUCUUGUUUAGAUUUUUUUAAGAGAAAAUUAAACAAUAACAUGGCCAAUUUAUUACAUAAAAAAGACUUGCUGUGUAUAAAUUAUUCCUAAAGAAAUUCCUGUGUUUAUAUUAAAAUGAAUCAGUAGAUAAAAAAAAAUUCAAAAUGUUUUUGUAUAUUCUGUUGUAAGAAUUUAUUCCUGUUAUUGCGAUAUACUCGGGAUUCUUUACAUUAUGAAAAGAAGAAACUUUGUCUAUUUUGAAUGGCUGAAGCUAAGGCUCCAUUAGUUUCUCUUACUCUGCUUUUUUCUAGUAGUUUCAGUACUACCUGAUUUAAGUUAAAUAAAAGAAUUCUGUAUGCA